UGCACUGCGGUAAUAUGGCUCUUCCUUGAGCCCGCGGCGGCGGCGGCGGCGGCCAGAGCGCGGCUAGAGCAGCCCUGCCUCGCAGGUGGCGGCUUCCUUGGCCUCAGGGGCUCGGCGGGUCGUGGCGAGGCGGUGGUGGCGGAUGUCGCAGGAGCGUGGGCCCCGCCGCGGGGCGGCCCCGGGCUCCAGAUGAGCGCCUCAGCGUCUGUGGGGGGCCCGGUUCCCCCGCUGCCCCCGGGCCCGGCCGCCGCGCUGCCUCCCGGCUCUACCGCGCGGGCCCUGCAUGUGGAGCUGCGGUCCCAGCAGAGACGCCUGAGACAUCUUCGGAACAUCGCUGCCCGCAACAUUAUUAAUAGAAAUGGCCACCAGCUGCUUGAUACCUACUUCACUCUUCACUUGUGUGAUACUGAAAAAAUAUAUAAAGAAUUUUAUAGAAGCGAAGUGAUUAAGAAUUCCUUGAAUCCAACGUGGCGGAGUCUUGAUUUUAGAAUAAUGCCGGAUCAUCUUGAUACAUCUGUGUCUUGUUUCGUGGUGAAGAUAUGGGGUGGAAAGGAAGAUGUCUACCAGCUGUUGAUUGAAUGGAAAGUCUAUUUGGAUGGGCUGAAAUAUUUGGGUCAGCAGAUUCAUGCCCGCAACCAAAAUGAAAUAAUUUUCGGACUGAAUGAUGGCUACUAUGGUGCUCCAUUUGAACAAAAGGGUUAUUCAAAUGCUCACAAGAAUAUUCUUCAGGUGGACCAGAACUGUGUUCGUAAUUCAUAUGAUGUCUUCUCUUUGCUGCGGCUUCAUAGAGCCCAGUGUGCAAUUAAACAGACUCAGGUAACUGUUCAGAAAAUUGGAAAGGAAAUUGAAGAAAAACUAAGACUCACAUCUACAAGCAAUGAGCUGAAAAAAGAAAGUGAGUGCUUGCAAUUAAAAAUUUUGGUGCUUCGGAAUGAAUUGGAAAGACAAAAGAAAGCUUUGGGACGAGAGGUGGCAUUGCUGCAUAAGCAACAAAUUGCAUUACACGAUAAAGGAAGUGCAUUUUCCACUGAGCACCUCAAGCUUCAACACCAGAAGGAAUCCUUAAAUGAUUUGAGAAAGGAAUGUACUGCGAAAAGAGAACUCUUUCUGAAGACUAAUGCUCAGUUGACAAUUCGGUGCAGGCAAUUACUGUCAGAACUUUCUUACAUUUAUCCUAUCGAUUUGAAUGAGCAUAAGGAUUACUUUGUAUGUGGUGUCAAGUUGCCCAAUUCUGAGGACUUCCAAGCAAAAGAUGAUGGAAGCAUUGCUGUUGCCCUUGGUUAUACUGCACAUUUGGUCUCCAUGAUUUCCUUUUUCCUACAAGUGCCCCUCAGAUACCCUAUAAUUCAUAAGGGAUCAAGAUCAACAAUCAAAGAUAAUAUCAAUGACAAACUUACUGAAAAGGAGAGAGAGUUUCCAUUAUACCCAAAAGGCGGUGAGAAGUUGCAGUUUGACUAUGGAGUCUAUCUUCUGAACAAAAAUAUAGCACAGUUAAGAUAUCAACAUGGAUUAGGCACUCCAGACUUGAGACAAACCCUUCCCAACCUGAAAAACUUCAUGGAACAUGGACUGAUGGUCAGGUGUGACAGACAUCACACCUCCAGUGCAAUCCCUGUGCCAAAGAGACAAAGCUCCAUGUUUGCGGGUGCAGACAUCGGCUUCUCUGGGGGGAUCCCUUCACCUGACAAAGGACACCGAAAACGGGCCAGCUCCGAGAAUGAGAGACUCCAGUACAAAACCCCCCCUCCCAGUUACAACUCUGCCCUGGCCCAGCCCGCACCCACCAUCCCCUCCACGGGCGAGUCGGAGAGGAAGACGGCGGGUCUCUCCUCCUCCUUGGAUGCCUCCUUGGACUUCUCCAAAGAAAACCAGAAAAGGGGCGUGGAUUUGGGUGACAGCAUGAACGGUGGCCACGUGAGUGCAGGUACUAGCCAGGAGCCCGGAGCCACCCUCUCUGGGCACCCAGCGACCAUUAAUGGCACGCUCCUGCCCAGCGAGCAGGCUGGCGCCACCGAUGCCCAGCUGCUCGGGGAGUGCCACCCCGUCUCGGAGGCGGAGCUUUGCUGCGCUGUGGAGCAGGCGGAAGAAAUCAUCGGGCUGGAGGCCACGGGCUUCACCUCAGGUGACCAGCUGGAAGCCUUUAACUGCAUCCCCGUGGACAGUGCCGUGGCGGUGGAGUGUGAUGACCAAGUCCUAGGGGAAUUUGAAGAGUUUUCCCGAAGGAUCUAUGCACUGAAUGAGAACGUGUCCAGCUUCCGCCGGCCACGAAGGAGUUCCGAUAAGUGAGCAGACGCCGUCCCACCCAGACCAUGCCGCUGCCUAAAACGGAAGAGGAAACUGCACUGAGUAGAAUUAUGACACAGAAUGAAUACAAACGGAGGACACUCCUCAGAAAUAAAAGGACUUUGUGGAUCAAGUUGGGACUCAGGAUCAUUGUGUAUUAGCGGGCCAGACCAAGUUAGGUUUGCUGGUGAGAUUUUGCUUUUUCAGGCCCCGCGAUUUCUUUCAAGGCACAGCUGGCGCUCAGGCUGAGUCACCUUCCAGAUAUCUGUCCGCUUUUUUUUUUUUUAAUUGACAUUUCUAUGUUA